UGUGAAAACUGCUACACCAAUCACAAAUUCGCUUCUAGGGGAGUAUAUAGUUGAUUUGAACACUACGGCAGCAGUGGAACGCCACAUGACCGGAAAUGUUGAUUUUGACGUCUUACGGAUGUUGCUGUCUGAUACAGUUGUUUGGUAGCUAGGGAAGUGGUCAGGACAUUUUUAUUUUCUCGUGUAUUUUUUAUUUUGUCAUUAUUGUUUGUCUGUUACGUUUGGAGCUUGCGCAUUCUGAUAGGCAAUCCUACGCCUGAAGUGUUUUAUUGGAGUUUUUGAUUUCAUGGUGGUCCCUCAACCACACCAGAUUUGUUUUGAUGUCCAUAGAUGUUUCUAUUCGUAUAGUAAAAGUUUUGUUCGAAAGGUACAGGUGGUUCACAGAAUCACUUAUAAGAUUCCAAUUCUUUUUUCUUCGAUCGACAGCUUAGUUUGGACUUUAUGACGAAUAAUGAAUCAUUGCCUUCAAAAGGAAGUGUGGUUGCUCUAAUAUUAACGAGACUGCAGGUUUGGAGUUUGGAGAGGCCACCAUAUGGAGAGGGAGAGUGUUUUUAUGGAGAGUUCAAUGGUCGCUCAAUGUUCUGCCAACAGUGAAUCUCAAUAUCUCCAUCAUCACUGUGGUCAUUAUUAUAGAGUAGCUUUCCUUUUUAUUAAUAUUCAAAUCUGAUAUCCUGCUUCAAAUCUAUUCCAACUAAAGUAUAGACAAUAUAAAGGGAUAAAGCUCAUCUAUUUCAUUUAAAGACUUAUUCAUGAAAUUAUUUACUUAUACAUGGAAUUAAUAGGUAUUUCAAUAAAAUGCUACAUUUGAAUAACUUUAAAUUAUAUUAAAAUGUGGAUAUGCCUAAUAAUAAUAAUAAUAAUAAUAAUAAUUAUGCAAUAAUAUUAUUAGUAGUAGUAGUAGUAGUAGCAGAAAUAUUAUUAUUAUUAUUAUUAUCAAAAUAAUAAUAAUUAAAUAAUUUCGCGCUAAGCAUUACUCAAUAGCAGAGUAUAUAGGCUAUAAUAUAGGCCUCAUACAUAAACCGAAAGAAAUGGGUUUAUUAAGAAUUUAGUGAUUUUGUUAAAUUGAACGUUUCUGCUUUUGGAUUUUUGACAUUCAUUUUCAUCUUUAAUCUGCUGUGUACCAAAUAUUCACUUUUAAAACAUUUGCAGGCUUUCGGAUUGCUUUUCUUUACGAGUGUUAAACCUAUCUCGUGAGGUAAAGGCAAUCAAUUCCUGGUUGUUGAGUGCAAGUGAUUGGAAUAUGCAACUUGUUUGGGGGUUAAAGAUAUGGCUGAGGUAUGCUGACAAUAAAACACAGGUAAUGCUGUGUGUGUGUGUGUGUGUGUGUGUGUGUGUGUGUGUGUGUGUGUGUGUGUGUGUGUGUGUGUGUGUGUGUGUGUGUGUGUGUGUGUGUGUGUGUGUGUGUGUGUGUGUGUGUGUGUGUGUGUGUGUGAGGGUAUUCUGUCAUGCUAAAGUAACUGGAAUGGGAGUCUGGCAUAUGGUGGCGGAGCAGGAUUACUAUGCAAAGAGAGUGAAUUGUUUGUUGGCCGAACGUGGUCCUUUAAAAGGGAACGGCACUGGACUCUUGUUCUUGAUGCAACGGUCUUUCCGUGAUUUAGGAAGCCGUGUAACCUGAAUUAGUUGAUGAAUUUUCUAUCGAUCUCAACACGCUAGAUUUAUCUCUGACACCGAUACCGCUGCUGCGCGAGCAGAGUGGGUGGUGGGUGCACAAGUCAGACAGGGCAUUCUCUCAUUCCAGUUAUUGGCGAUUUGGAAAAAGCUUGGCAAGCACGAGUCAGAGAGAGAGAGGUAGAGGUAGAGAGAGAAAGGGUAUGAGACUAAAUAGACCGAUUAGGGGGCGAUACGGGGAGAGAGAUAGGUCUACAUAUGAGAGGGAGCCAAGUUGCCAUCACCUUGUGCACUUUCUUGCAUUUUUUCUUUUGCUUUUUUAAGUUUCAGUCAAAAGAGGGCGGUCAGAGAGUGGCACUGCUUGUUUUACUGUAAAGGGAGUGCAAGCAGUUUAAGGAGACGGGGCGGGGGUGUAGCGUGCCACCACAACCAAUGCACAGCCAACGCGCGCGUCUUGCAGAGGGUGUCAACUCGAUUUGUUCCUCUUUGAUAUGAUAUGAUUUGAUCGAAUGCAUAAACCGUGAUGAGUGUGUGCAGAUCAAAUAAGAUCGAAAGUAAACAGGAGUUUGCGGUUUUUUACGACUUCAACAAACAGAGCCAUAUGACGACGCGCGUGCAGGACUUGUUUUGUGCCUAAUCCUAUUUCCUUAUCCGGGGUUCGUCACGCCGACACACCAUUGGUCGGGCAUCGUCACAUGGCUCCUUAACUUUGUUCACUUGACAGAAAGUAGGAGGGUUCAACCGAAAGGCAAUAACCGAAGAGUAAAGGCAUAAGAUAUAAAUUUUGGUUAUUUUUUUUCCGAGCGUGUGCCAUUUCACAAAAGACUGGUAUUAAUGGCCAUGAGCUCCUAUUUGAUCAAUUCCAACUAUGUGGAUCCGAAGUUUCCACCGUGCGAGGAGUACUCACAGAGCGACUAUCUGCCCAGCCACUCUCCGGACUAUUACAGCUCCCAGAGGCAGGAGGCUACCGCGUUUCAGCACGAUCCCCUCUACAACCACCACCACCACCAGCAACACCCACAGCGGCCGGGCUGCGGCUCCGAGCCUGCGCCCUUUACACCAUGCCAGGGAUCUGGGCAGCCCGCCUCGGUGGUCAUGUCCCCGCGGGGUCACGUCUUGCCCCCGGCCGGACUUCAGGCACCAACACCCGUCUCGGAACAGAACCGCCACUGCGACUCGGUGACUCCAAGCCCCCCACCGCCACCGUCCUGCGGACAAACACCGCACAGACAAAGCUCUGGCUCUUCCCCCGCCAGCACCCGCAAGGAUCCGGUGGUCUACCCGUGGAUGAAAAAGGUCCACGUCAACAUCGUGAAUCCAAAUUACACCGGAGGAGAGCCCAAGCGCUCGAGGACGGCGUACACGCGUCAGCAGGUUCUGGAGCUCGAGAAGGAGUUCCACUACAACCGGUACCUGACGCGCAGGCGCAGGGUGGAGAUCGCGCACACCCUCUGUCUCUCGGAACGGCAGAUUAAAAUCUGGUUUCAGAACCGGAGAAUGAAGUGGAAAAAGGACCACAAGUUGCCUAACACAAAGAUCCGAUCAGGGAGUAGCUCAUCAAACAGCCACAGCAAUACAAACUCGCUGGCGUUAGCGAGCUCCCAGAACCGAUCGAGUGGACCACUAUAGCUGAAAUGAUCGCAGUUGUCCUCACUUACAUUUCUUCAGUUCAACCUGAGUGGAACUAUCCUCAUUGCAUAUUAUACAACUCAUGACGCACUUUUGGAAGAACAAUAGGCCAACUGGAGGGCCUCCUUGGAUGCGUUUUUGGUAUUAUAGGGUUAUUGACCUUUAGGCUAUGAAGGAUCUGGGGCUUGGAUAUUGAUAGUGAAGAGAAAGCCUUGUCCAAUUAGUGAAACAGAAAUAACAAAGGGGGAUGAAGCAACGCAAAUUCAAAAAUUCAAACACACUAUUUGUGUGCGUUACGUUUUAUUCGACCAUCUCUCUCUCUCUCUCUCUCUCUCUCUCUCUCUCUCUCUCUCUCUCUCUCUCUCUCUCUCUCUCUCUCUCUCUCUCUCUCUCUCUCUCUCUCUCUCUCUCUCUCUCUCUCUCUCUCUCUCUCUCUCUCUCAUGCCAAUCGCUCGCUGUUGCAUGAUCCACUCCGUAUUGUCCCACAAUGUCAGUCUGCUUAUUCCUCUGUAUCCCUUCACUUUCUUGACUGCAAAAGUGACUAACCAGGACACAAUGCAGCAAGCAGACGAUAGUCUUUUUUUUUUUUUUUGGUGAAGAUGGAUCCUCGUUUUCAUCUUUAAUCAUGCCAAACUCGGGCCCCAUUUGUCAUGUUUACUCUGUGGGUACAAAGCAAAGGGUUGAACCGCGGCUCUACCUAUUACCUCCCUCCCACCCCUCCUCAUCCCAUCCAUUCCUCUGUUUAAUAAAUGAAACCUCUAGUCUCUCGUCAAGAAACGUUUUCAUACGCUGCUUUUAACGCUCCCUCUCAAAGCACCCCUCCGUCCGUUACCAUGAUAACCAAAAUAUAACAAAACGAAUUCACUUCCUAUACUUCCUUUAUUCAAAAAUGAAUUGCCCUUUAUACUUUUUAUACAUAAAAUAAUAUUUUCAUUAUAUUUCCUUUAAAAAAGUGAAGCAAUGCAACGUGUAUCCCUUCCUGUAUCGAUGGGAAGGAUACAUUCUAUGAGACAACGCGCUUACGUACAGUCCUUCCAUUGCUCAAAUGUGAUCGUUAUAAUUUGUUAUUUAUGUGCGAGAGCCUGGUUAAAUAGACGGGUGGUUAAAGAGAUUGUAAAAUUGUUUGUCAGACAAACUGUUGGACAGCAGACAGACAGGGUAAACAACGCUAAAUACAUUAUGAAACAUAGGCUACAGGGUUGCAAAGGAUUACGCUGGCUGAAGAUAAAUCAAUUAUAUCCGAACCAAAAUAUUGGUACGAAUAACCUUAAAGCAUUAUAAAAGCAGCACUAUAAAAUGUACUACAUAUUACCUCAGCUGUACUUAUAUUUUGCCUUUUUUUAUGAAGUGACGAAUAUUGAGCUUUGUCUUCUAUUUAGUGGUGAGUUAUAGACGUGUUUUCAUUAUUGUAAAGUAAUUUAAUAAUAAACAAUUGUUCUGGUCAGGGACAGUCUGAGAGUCAAAGAAAUGCGUAUGUUGCAUGAUUGAAUGAUGUUGAUUUAUCUCUAUCUCUUUUCUUAUUUUUCCCCUUCAACAUCUGAUUAAACCAUCAUCUGCGCGGCACAUAAUGCGCAAAUUGUCUUUAUUUUCUUCCUUUUCUACUUUUAUUUUGUACUAUUCUUCUUUCAAUCUGUUGCAUCGAAGGCCUUCAUUUUUAUAUUUUAAUAGUUCUUUAUUUACAUUCCAAAGAUCAGUUAUAUUGCUGAUGAUUAUGGCAGUGUUCUUGAAAAUGUAUUCUCUUUUCACGCAUCCUCUUACUUUUCAACUUAUAUUUGUUCGUUACCACCUUUUCUGAUUAUCCUCCCCAUGUCCUAGUAUUUGUAAAUAGUUCAUAAAAAAAUUAAUAAAUGGCUCCAAACCGGAAUCUAUAGCCUA